CAACUGAGGAUGAAAAAGCGAUCCUUGAGUCAUCCUUGAGACAAGCGGAAAAGAUGUUCAAAUAGCAGGAUUAUCAGCUCCUACGUCAGUUGCACAAGAGCCGUUUUCUUCUUCAUGCUUGCCAGCAUGAAGAGCUCAUGAUGGAAUAUGAAAUGUUAAAAUCUGAUAUAUCCACAGACCAUUCUAGUGAACUUCUGCCGAUAGCAAAAUCCUUAGAAGAAAUGAGAUGUAAGAUGAAAAACGAGGAAGCAUUAGUGAAGGAAAUGGACCUCCUACAACAAGAUAUAACACAGAAAGAAGAAGAAAUUAAACAACUCAAUUCGUUCAGGGCACGGGACCGCUUCAAGGAAAACGGUAACCGUCAAGACUUCAUAGACCACUGGAACUACGAUGCUGGCGUUGUCAGCAAACUGUUACGCGAGUUUGCCAGCAAGGUGCCGUGGGUUCGUGUCAUUGAACAUCCCGGAUUCCACAAUACGUUAGGGAGGCGACCGGAAAGCAGUGUCAUUUUGCCGUUGGCAUCAACGUAUGACGACCUGAAGAGGAAGGCUAACGAGCUGUUCCCUGUACUGGACGGGAUGGCCUUCGACCUAGUAGAGGGGAAACGGGGCAAUAAGUUGUUGCCUUUGGAUGCCAGUACAACACUUGGUGCGAUAAGAAGCAGCAACCGAGGAGCAGAGUUCGUCCGUCUUUGGGGUUUGCCAGAUACAUAUAUAUCGACAGAGAACGCAACCAUGUGGCCAGAUGACAGGACUGAGCCGUCGAUGGACACCAGCCCCAUUCCGGACAUGGAGACUUCGGCUUCGUUGGGCGCUUCGUCUUCACAAGUGGCAACCUACCCGAUUGAAGCCGAAGACCGAGUAGAGGAUGAAGUCAGUUUUAUUCUCCGGGUGGACAAACCUUUCGAGGAGCACAGCCCUGGUUAUGUGGAAGCCGGAACUCCAACAGUGCUGUUUCGUCGCACAAAUGGUGUCAUCGAUAUUGCAAGAUCUUCAGAUGAUCUGUUCCUCAUGGAAGUUCGACGAGGUUCCGCUCUGAAGGAUGCACUAGGUCUAGUUCUGAUAUCACAAGGGGACCUGGCAAGCCCGCUGAGGAUUCGGUUCAUCGGAGAGUAGGGUGUCGACCUGGGAGGUUUGCGGCGCGAAUUUUGGAGUCUGAUUGUUCACCAGUUGACACACAGUUCGUUAGUGAAAGGAAAGUCGAGUCGACUGACAUUUCAAAAGAAUUACGUGGAGGGAAAGAAAAGAAACUACUUCCACUUAGGCCAGCUGGCGGCGCUGUCAAUUUUACAAGAUGGGCCCGGCUUUCCCGUCUUCGCCGACGCCGUGGUCAGUUACAUAACAGGGCAGCGCGACGCAGCUGUCAACAAGGAGGACAUUGACGACCGCAUCGGAAGCGUCAUUGAGCAGAUGAGAGCCACGUCUGACUUAGUCCAACUCCAGCAGCUCUUCAGUUCAAAUGCAAUCGAUGCCCUGGAUGUCGGCUUUGUUGUGCCGUCGACGUCAUUCAGGCGUGAGCACAUUGCGCUGUUAGAGGGUGUAUUUGCCGAAGAUCUGGUAUCGUCGUGUAGGGAGGAGCUUGACCAAUUUAUUGAAGGCUUGAGGACCCACGACGUUCUGCAGAUGAUAACGUCGAAUGCUUGGCCGCUUCUGAGUGGUCGCCUGCGACCUGUAAUUGCGGCUGCGAUGAGAAGCUUGCUGCGUUUUAAAUACCGGGACGGAAAUCUGAGACAAGGAGAUCAAGCCACGGCACAGGCUUUCCUUGCCUUCCUGCAGGCAACGAAAUGAACAGCUGCCACGGUGAACGACAUACGGUUAUUACCGAGCGACGUUCUGAUGUGGUUAACUGGAGCAACCGGGAUACCUGCAGCCGGCUUCCACAAACUCAUUGACGUGGAAUUCCGGACACACAACAGGGUCAACACAUGCGCCCUGGUUCUGACUUUGGCCCCUGUGGACCUAGCCACUCCCGACGAAAUCGUGCAGUACUUCUGUGAACGUCAAUGGUCAAUAGUUAAUUUGUGGAACGUAAUUAACAUUUCUGGAUAUUUUUUUGUAGUCGGAGUCCAUUUCAACCAAGAUUGCAUUUCAGCAAUGUUGACCCAUUUUUAAGUUCGUUUUUUUUUGUAUAAUUUAUUAUUAUCGUAUUAUGACUGAAUAAACACGUGUUCAACGAU